GAAAAACUUGUGCGGAGAAAGGGAGAAGUGACUUUUAUCUUAAUCCCUAAGCUUUGUGCUGGCAAGUCGAAAACGGUAACAGAUUAACUGAGUGCCGGAAACUAGUGUUUGCAGUCCUCAUUGACUGCGGUAUUUCCAUUGUGGCACCACUCAGCUUCCCCAAAUCGGCAUAAAAAUGAUACAGUACUGUCCAAACGACACGUCCAUGGACGUAAUUUGGUUCAAUCAUGGCGUCUCCCAGUGCUUUAUGGAUACCGUUGCCAUGGCAUCGAUCGGAGGCUUCAUGCUUCUCUUCGGCACGCUGCAGCUCGUCAUGUACCGGCGCUACGCAACGGAAAUCAACCCGCUGCAGAUAGGAAAGUCCCGGCUGUACAACUUUCAGCUGUUUUUGUUGGUGCUGCUUCCGUUACUCACAACCGUCCGGUUCGUGCUGGAAGGGUUCGUCUUCGACGGUGCGCAGGUGUACGGUUUCAUGAUCCUGUCGAUCUCAGUAGCCCUGUUCGCAUACCCGUACUCGAUCGUGCUGCUCGUAAGGGAGCGGUACUAUCAGCUUCCGUCCGUCCCAACGCGUGGCCAUGGUUUGGUGUUGCUCGUCUUCUGGACCAUGCUGUUCGUGGUGCAAAACAUUGCGUUCAUCAACCUAAACUAUCGCGACGGAUGGUUCCGUCUGGUGACGCUGAAGGAUAAGGUGGAGUUCGGAAUGUUUGUGGUACGAUACCUGACGACCAUGUUGCUUUUCGUGAUCGGCCUUAAGGCACCGGGAAUAACGUCGGCGCAGCUAAGCGAUGAGUAUCAAAACCUCGCCCAGUCGCAGGAAAACCAGUCCACGUUUCGUAACGCCUGGAGCAAAUUGCGCACCCUUUUGCCUUUCCUGUGGCCCAAAAAGGAUGUGAUACUGCAGUUUCGUGUGAUCAUCUGCUUCGCUCUGCUGAUCGGUGGCCGUGUGAUCAACCUGUACGUGCCGAUCUACAACAAAAAGAUUGUAGAUAGUCUUUCCGCGCGACCGAUUGAUUUUCGUUGGGACUGGAUCCUGAUGUACGUCGGGUUCAAGUUUCUUCAGGGAGGCGGUACCGGAUCGAUGGGUUUACUGAACAAUCUGCGCAGCUUCCUGUGGAUUCGCAUACAGCAGUACACGACGCGUGAAAUCGAGCUGGAACUUUUCCGCCAUCUGCACAGCCUUUCGCUGAGAUGGCACCUGAACCGUAAAACAGGCGAAGUGCUGCGAGUGAUGGAUCGAGGCACGGACAGCAUCAAUAAUCUGCUGAACUACAUUCUAUUUUCUAUCGCGCCGACCAUCGUCGACAUUUUAAUUGCGGUUGUGUUCUUCAUAACGGCAUUCAACUGGUGGUUCGGAUUCAUCGUUUUUCUCACCAUGACGCUGUAUAUUGUUGCUACGAUAGUGGUUACGGAGUGGCGCACGAAAUUCCAACGCCGCAUGAACUUGGCCGAUAAUCAACAGAAGGCACGCAGCGUCGAUUCGCUGCUCAACUUUGAAACGGUCAAGUACUACGGCGCUGAGCAGUACGAGGUAGACUGUUACCGAGAUGCAAUUCUCAAGUUCCAGGAAGAAGAAUGGCGUUCGAUCAUCACAUUGAAUAUCCUGAAUACCAUGCAAAAUAUAAUUGUUUGUGGUGGAUUGCUCGCCGGUUCUCUACUUUGUGCCUAUCUGGUCGUGUACGAAGAGGGAUUAACCGUGGGAGACUACGUUCUUUUUGCCAGCUACAUCAUUCAACUAUACGUGCCACUCAAUUGGUUCGGCACCUUCUAUCGUGCAAUCCAGAAAAAUUUCGUCGACAUGGAAAAUAUGUUUGAUCUGAUGCGCGAAGAUCAGGAAGUUUUGGAUGCGCCGGGAGCUGGUGAGUUGGCCGUUGUUCGUGGGGGGAUCGAUUUCAACGACGUUACGUUCGGAUACAACGUGGAGCGGUACGUUUUGCGUAACGUAAGCUUCACCGUACCGGCCGGCCGUACGGUUGCCAUCGUCGGGCCGUCGGGUGCGGGCAAGAGUACGAUCAUGCGUCUGCUGUUCCGGUUCUACGACGUCGACACCGGGUCCAUAUCGGUCGAUGGGCAGAAUAUCAAAACUGUGCGCCAAUCAUCCCUGCGUCAGGCAAUCGGAGUCGUGCCCCAGGACACCGUACUGUUCAAUAACACCAUCAAGUACAACAUCCAGUACGGGCGUGUGGGCGCACCGGAAGCGGACGUUAUUAUGGCGGCCAGGAGUGCCGACAUUCACGAGCGAAUUCUCACCUUCCCGGAAAAAUACGAAACGCAGGUCGGUGAGCGAGGGCUACGGUUGAGCGGAGGCGAAAAGCAACGUGUGGCAAUUGCGCGAACCAUCCUGAAGGGUCCAUCUAUUGUGCUGCUCGAUGAAGCGACCAGUGCGCUGGACACCCAGACGGAACGUAACAUUCAAUCGGCCCUCGCAAAGGUGUGCGCCAAUCGAACAACCCUCAUCAUUGCGCACCGACUGUCGACGAUUAUUCAUGCGGACGAAAUUCUCGUCCUUAAAGAAGGUUCCAUCGUCGAGCGGGGUCGCCAUGAUGUGCUGCUCGAACAAAAUGGUGUAUACGCGGCCAUGUGGCAACAGCAGCUAGAAAACCUGGAAGCGGGAACGAAUGCGACGGACGUCAGUACGGCCACCAAUACACAAGUGCCUAAUGGAACACCCAACGGAACACCCAACAAAACUGCACCGUCUACUGGUCCACCAGCGCAUCGUCAUCCCCAUCAUUGAGCUUACCGGGGGGAAGUAAGUUUCCCAAAAGGUGUUGUUUAUGUGCCGGAAAUGAAAGGACAACGAAUAGUUGGUAGAAGGUGACAGAGGAAUUGUGAUAGCGUAGAUAACCAUUUAAUCGAUCAAAAGAUUAUCUUGGUAUACCAAACUGAAACGAUUGGAAAAGGGAAGAAAAAAUAAGCUAGAAUAAUUACUAAAACAGUCCUUUUAGAUUCCCGCACCGUACAAACAUGUGUUGGAAUAUUGUUUAGAUGUGAUUGUGCAACUCGCGGAGAAACCUUUUAAUACAGCUCUUAAACUAAGUACAAGAAUACUGAUUAUACCGUUUUCCCUUUCUUGAACAAAUAGAAAAGAAAAGAUCAAAUAAAUCGAUGAUGACGAA